AUGAGGCUGAGCUCUUCUUCUAGAGUGACAGAGGGUCAUAAUGUCAGUCUGACAUGUAAAAGCAGCUGCACUCUGACUGACAGAGCAACAUUCAUCUGGUACAGAAACUCACAGCCAUUAACUGAGAGAAGAGACAGAAACAAUCAACUCCUGCUGCAGUCAGUCAGAAGAGAGGAUGCAGGCAGAUACAGCUGUGCUCUACAUGGACACAGUUACAUCUCUCCUGCUGCUCAUCUCAAUGUCACCUAUGCACCAAAAAAUGUCUCAGUGUCCAUCAGUCCAUCUGUAAUAGUGGAGGGAGAUUCAGUGACUCUGAGCUGCAGCAGUGAUUCAAACCCUCCUGCAAAAAUCAGCUGGUUUAAAGAAAAAACAUUUGUAGGAUCUGGAAGAAUCUACAACAUCUCAAAGAUCAGCUCUGAUCACAGUGAAGUAUACAAGUGCAAGUCCACCAAUGAACAUGGAGAGAAAUACUCUGCUGCUGUGACUUUAAACAUCAUGUAUCCUCCCAGGAACAUCUCAGUGUCUAUAACUGGAUCUGGUGUAAUAGUGGAGGGAGAUUCAGUGACUCUGAGCUGCAGCAGUGAUUCAAACCCUCCUGCUCUGAACUUCAGCUGGUUUAAGGAGAAUCAAAGCUCAACUGUUGGAUCUGGACAGAGUUUCAGUGCUCUACAGAGUGGACGCUUCUACUGUGAGGCUCACAAUCAACAUGGAUCUCAGAGAUCAGACGCUGUUACUGUCACUGUUAAAGUACUAUAUUGGAAGACAUCUUAUACAGCCAUUGUAGUUACGCUUUGUGGAGUUGUGGUUGCUUUCAUCAUUGUAUUGCUUACCUGCUGCUGCGUGAACAGGAACAAACUGCAGUCGAAGUCUCUCACAAACAGUUCUAAUGACAUGAGCAUAAUAUCUGAUCCAAGUCUGUUCUCAUAUGUGUAUGAGAAUGUGGUGGCCGUUCAUUCUUGCAGUAAAACUCCUGAUCCUAAAAUGAACAUCCCUCUGUAUGAGAAUGUGACGAUUUAUGAGAAUCUUAACAUUACUAACAGGAAUAUGCUGUAGUGGACGAUGGCACACACCAAAAAAAAAAAAAAAAAUUAAAUGACUGCCUUUAUGCUCUGUGUGGGUGGAGCCCUGAAUGACUGACAGGUGUGUCUGAUGAUGCUUUACAGGAGAAUUUUGAAAAGGCUGAUGAAAAUGG